GCCUGGUGCCGCUCAAGUUGAUACUCCGCCGACCAAGAUGCUGGGAGCCAAGACCGCCGCCUUUGCCGCCGCCGCGGCGCUGGCCGUCGCCCAGACGCGCGCUGAGAGCGCCGCCCACCUGCGCGUGCGCGUGCACUCCAAGGUGACGUGCCCCAGCGGCCAGGAGAGCAUCGCCGUCGCUGGCUGGAGCGCUGACGGAUGUGUCGUCUCGGGCAACGUGUGUGUGGCCAACACCAACGGCGCCUGCCCCUCGGGCGCCCACUGCGAGUGGCUGGACACUGGCGUCUACGGCUGCGCGGACGGCGCCCCCGAGUCCUCGAGCUGGGCCGGCUGCGCGAGCAACGAGCAGACCAUCGGCGUCGUGGGCUGGACGCACGACGGCUGCAUCUCCUCGAGCAAUGUUUGUGUCGCUCAGGUGAGCAACGGCGACUGCCCGUCGGGCUCUGCGUGCCAGAAGCUGGAGACGGGUGUGUACGGCUGCGUGGCCACGUCCAAGAAGCGCCACCACAAGUCGCACCACAAGUCGAGCACUACGUGCCCCAGCGGCCAGGAGAGCAUCGGCGUCGCUGGAUGGAGCGCGGAUGGUUGCGUUACCUCAGGCAAUGUGUGCGUCGCCAACGUCAACGGCGACUGCCCCACGGGUGCUCACUGCGAGUGGCUCGACACUGGCGUCUACGGCUGCGCGGACGGCGCCCCCGCCAACAACGAGACGUCGAGCGCGGCUGGCUGCAGCGGCAGCGAGCAGACUAUUGGCGUUGUGGGCUGGGACCACGAUGGCUGCAUCGACUCCGACAACGUGUGUGUGGCCCAGGUGAGCAACGGUGACUGCCCUGAGGGCGCCUACUGCUCGCUGCUCGAUACGGGUGUGUACGGCUGUGUGGCCAGCUCCAAGCGUCACCACAAGCACAAGUCGCACCAGAAGGAUGCGACGUGCCCCAGUGGCCAGGAGAGUAUCGCCGUCGCUGGCUGGAGCGCGGACGGCUGUGUCACCUCCGGCAACGUGUGUGUUGCCAACACGAACGGUGACUGCCCUACUGGUGCCCACUGCGCGUGGCUCGACACUGGUGUGUACGGAUGCAAGGACGGCGCCCCGGAGGCCUCGAGCUGGGCUGGUUGCAGUGGCAGCGAGCAGACUAUUGGCGUUGUGGGCUGGGACCACGAUGGCUGCAUCUCGUCGAGCAACGUAUGUGUUGCUCAGGUAAGCAACGGUGACUGCCCCGAGGGUGCCUACUGCUCGCUGCUCGACACCGGCGUGUACGGCUGCGUGGCCAGCUCCAAGCGUCACCACCGUCACCACCACCACAAGUCGCACGAGAAGGGUGUGACGUGCCCCAGCGGCCAGGAGAGCAUCGGCGUCGCUGGAUGGAGCGCGGAUGGUUGCGUUACCUCAGGCAAUGUGUGCGUCGCCAACGUCAACGGCGACUGCCCCACGGGUGCUCACUGCGAGUGGCUCGACACUGGCGUCUUCGGCUGCAAGGAUGGUGCUCCGGCUAACGAGACCUCGAGCUGGGCUGGCUGCAGCGGCAGCGAGCAGACGAUUGGCGUUGUGGGCUGGGACCACGAUGGCUGCAUCGACUCCGACAACGUGUGUGUGGCCCAGGUGAGCAACGGCGACUGCCCCGAGGGUGCCUACUGCUCGAAGCUGGACACGGGUGUGUACGGCUGCGUCGCCAGCUCGAAGCACUAAGCGCUAUCAGCCCCCAGGGUUGUGGUGGGUGAAGGCUCCCGGACGUUCGUAACGAUGACCCAGAGCCGCUUUGUAAUUACGACGGCAUCUUUAUCAGUGCCUUUUGUUCUGUAUUUCAUCUGUAUUCAGACAAUACAAAACACAAUUAGCUUUUGUU